AUGGAUCUAGCCCUCAAGAUGCCCUUGUUUGGGGUGCUGGUCUUCUUCUGUGUCGCAAUGGCGCCUUCGGAAGCAGGAGAUUCCUGUACAGCUAACGUGAUAUUUGAGCCACCGACACUAUUGCGCAGUAAGUUGACAAUUAAUACCCUGCUGAUACCCGAGAUUAUCAUAACCUUAAUAGGAAAGGACACAAUCACCACAGAGGUACAUGUGAUCAUCGCAGUUGCUGGCAAAAGCUUUAUUGGCGGAUAUAUGACGAUCACCAUCAGUGCCAAACUUAUCUUGGCUGCCCAGAUUUCAUGGUUGCCCAAUGGUGAACUGAUUUUGAAGGUCACGGAAUGUAAGGUGGUGUUGAAGUCCUGUAAAACCAACCUUCCCAGCAGCAUGCUUCCCAAAAUCGUGAAUAAGUUUUUGGAUUCUACACUCGGGAAAGUCUUGCCGGGUGUGUUGUGCCCAGCGGCUGACUUGAUGAUGGUGAAACUAAAGGAAUCAUUUUACAAAAUCCUGGCAAAGAAACCUAUUGGGAAUAUUGGCUAUAUUGUGUACGAAGUGGCAGAAAAACCGGUUGUCUACACAACUCACAUCAGCUUUGUUCUCAAGGCUGGUCUGCCUGCUGGGAAAAAGCUGAAAAUUAAACUUACUCACAGAGAACACCCCCUGGUUUCCGUGUCGUCUACGGGCAACACCAUAACAACUCGUAUCCAGGCUUCGUUCUUGGAUGUUAAAAGUAGCAAGGAGCUGCUCUCCAUCCUGGUGGUCCAUGAAUGCAGCGUCAUUAUUGUCAUCAAGCAGGAACUGUUGGUCUUCUCGCUGAAAGCCGGGUCGUGCAGGUACACCCUCUCCUUCCUCACGAACGUCACAAGCAGUCCAGAUAUCUCCGAAUUCAAUUAUGAUGACAGAAUGAUGACUAUGUAUAAGUCCAUUGAGCCUUUCACUUCGGAGGAGAUGGAAAAGGAAAUGAAGAAACAGUGCAGUGCAAUCAAGUUUUGA